CAGAAAACCCAACCAUAAUACAAAGUUAUGAACACGUACAGAGUCUUCCUAUGCCUGUUCUGUUAUUCACUUAUGCAAAUAGUUUUAUUUUAACAUGCGGAUUUACGACUUAUGAUCAAGGAAAUAGAACAUGCAACCAAUAUUUAUCAAACAUACAAUAUGAUUCCAAAUCAAAGAUGUAUAUGAGUUUUUUUAAAACAAGUGAAACUUUUAUGCCAAAUGGCAUUAAUUCUUUAUCAAUAGCCCUUGCUUCUACGUCAAGCAAUCCUAAUUAUGGAAUAGUGUAUAUUACUGAUAUUGAGUCUAACCCAUUACCGAUUACAAAUGGUCAAAUAGAUCAAACAGCAUUUACACAAUUAAUUACUUAUAGUAAUAAUAUUAGUGAUUUAUACACCAGUUUUGUUAUGCCAACUAAUCAACUGGAAUUUUUUUGGUUUACGCGACGUAUUCGAAAUGUAAUAUCACCAAAAUUUUCAGACCUAUUAGGAUUUGCUCCAUCAAUGGAAAAAACUACAUAUAUUGAUCCUCUUAUACAAUCGAUGCCUGCUUCUACCGUUAGUGCUACUUCCAGCUCUAACUUUUUGUCUGGAUUGAUAAUGGCUCCACAAAAUUAUGUGGUUAAUAUGCAGUCCGAACAAAGUACUUUUGGUUUGGUUGGAAGUUUAUGGACUAUCGCAGUAGGGAUCUACGUUUUUUUGUUCGGUAUUGAUAAACUUAAUCCAUUUGGCUGUGUAAUAAAAUGUCCAUGUUUUCGUCGUAAUGCUUGUAAAAAAUUAAGAUCCGCUUUUCCUGUAAUUCCUUUUGCAAAUAAUUCUGGAGCCCAGUUAGAUGUUAUACAAUUGCAUAAUAGGCUUAACGCUUUAGAAGUGUUUUUAAAAGAACGUAUAUUUGAUGUUGAUUACUUGCAAGAUGAUGUUGCUAAACAAGAAAAUAACAACAUGAUGAACAGAAAUACCAUGAUGAACACAAAUGACAUGAUGAACAGAAAUACCAUGAUGAGCACAAAUGACAUGAUGAACAGAAAUACCAUGAUGAGCACAAAUGACACAAACAUUUAUUAUUAUACGUAG